AUGGCUAGUGAGCCUUUUGUGGAGAAGAAGAUGGAGACAGUGCAGAUCAACGGCGAGCAAGUAUGUAUCUGUGACAGCAACUGUGGCUCUAAAUCAACCUUUUAUUUUUGGAAAACCAUUGUUUUGCAGAAGGACGAGGAGCCGAAGGAAGAUUUGGUAACACCAGACCUAUCCGCUAUUCUCGAUCGUGCCGAGCAGAAAAAGCCUUUCUUCUUGUACACUGGCCGUGGACCAUCGUCCGGUAGUCUUCAUCUGGGACACUUGAUUCCGUUUAUCUUCACAAAAUGGUUACAAGAAGUAUUCGAUGUUCCGUUGAUUAUACAGAUUACUGAUGAUGAGAAAUUCCUAUGGAAAGAUCUCAAAGUUGACGAGGCUAAGAAAAUGGCUCGAGAAAAUAUGAAGGAUAUUGUGGCCAUUACUGAUGAUGAGAAAUUCCUAUGGAAGGAUCUCAAAGUUGACGAGGCCAAGAAAAUGGCUCGAGAAAAUAUGAAAGAUAUUGUAGCCGUAGGAUUUGAUCCUGCCAAAACUUUCAUGUUCAAUGACUUCGAUUAUAUGUGGUGA